AUGGCUAAGACAAGAGGAGCCCAUGUCGCGUCUCCAUCAACUCGCAAUCCAAGGCCAAGAGCUUCACCUGCACGAGAUUCCACAUCUGAGGCCCCACAGGCCCCUUCCAUUCCACCUUCUAAGGGUAAAGUGCCAUCUAACCCUCCUCAACGCAGGUAUGAGAUGAGAAGACCACCCACUACACCUGGGGUAAGCACUUCGCGCCCCAAGAGAUCAGUUCAUCACCCUCCUGCAAAGAAAGCCAAAGUUUCAAGCCCAGGAGAGUCACCUGCACCUCCACAGCCUCAACCGCCUGCUACAGAGUCUCAGAUUCCUUCUAGGGUGACUCCAGAAGCAAUUUCCAGGCAACCUAUGGUUACACAACCACCUAUUGAGGAAAUUUUGAAUUGCAAAGCCAAGCCAUUCCACUCCAAGCUAUGUUUUGAUAUGGAGACUUUCAGACAGUAG